AUGAUACCUAGACAGUAUUAUACUGAGCGUGACUUACGAAAACGUCAAAUAGACGCACUAAAGGUUUUUAAUGAUAAUGUUACGGAGGUAAAAGAACAUGCUGAAUAUAAAGUGGAGUUUACGGCAAAUUCAAGGAACAUGGUUCUAAAUAUUGUUCUUAGUCCAGAAUUUCCAAAUGACAAACCUGCUAUUUUUGUUAAUCCAGUUUUUAACCAUCCAUGGUUAGGAGAGAACUCAAAUCAGGUGGUGGGUGCACCAGGACUUCUAAAUUAUACUGUUCAUUCUGACUUAGGCAGAGUAGUGCAAGCAAUAAUAAGAGAGUUCCAGCGUUCUGUCCCAAGUAUCGCCAAUGAAGAUAAGUCAACUGACACAAGUCCUCAGUCCCAUAUUAGUGUGAAUUCAUUGAUGUUCCCUGAACUAAGUGAAUUGAAUAUUGAAGAAUUACAGGAAAUAUUAGAAAAUCCAGACUUGCAGGACAAGUUAUUAGAAAACAAUCCACAACUAGCAGAAAUUGACCAGGAAACAGAAGAGUUAAUGAAUAGUAUUGAAGAAAUUGCUCAAGACAAUCUCAAUAAGCAGCAAAUGCUUGAUGAUAUGAAAUCUAAAGUACUUGAAGGCAUAUCAACAAUAGUUCAAAUGAAGAUGAGUUAUGAAGAUCUGAACAAACGGUACCAAGAGUUAUGUGAGGGAUAUUCACCACACCGUAUCAGGGAUUGCUUGAAAGAUGCUGCAAUACGGGCUGAUGAAGAUGCUGAAGCUAUAGCUGAGCAGUUUUUAUUAGGAAACGUAUCAGUGGAGACGUUUGUCUUGAAAUUUGCUGAGAAACGUGCCUUGGGCCAAGCGAGAAGGGCGCGAGAAGAAAGAUUGGCGCAUCAACUGGCUCAAUUGGAUCGAGCUACUACAUAA